GCAGUAAUUUUCAAAAUGGCCUUGCUCGAAACGCAAGUUGGCCAGCUAGUAGAUACAACUCUAUUAUUAUGCCUUCUUUUGGUGGUGCUUUUCCUAAUUUUGGUGAAGGACAGCAAGAGUGUGUACCUGCCCCCGGGACCAUGGGGGGUGCCAGUUUUAGGCGUUCUCCCCUUUCUUCGGAAGGAUCCACAGCUUACCUUAAUGGAAUGGGCUAAAAAGUAUGGCAACAUAUUCACCGUCAAAAUGGGAACCAGAACAAUCGUUAUGUUGAAUGGUUAUGAAGCUAUCCGAGAUGUGUUUCAGAGAAAGGGAGCAUUGUCUUCUGGCAGGCCGCAUCUUCUGACUUUUGAUUUUCUACGCGGAAAAGGUAUAUUGUGCGCUGAUUACAGCAAGGGGUUUAAACGCCAGCGAGAGUUUAUCAUUAAAUAUCUGUCAAAGCUUGACGUGGAAAAGCACACAGAAGAUGAAAUCGACGCCCUUAUCCAAUACAUAAGACACAAAAACGGACAACCGUUCGAUUUCAACAAUGCUGUAAGUGCUUCCACAUCCAACGUCAUAGGGACCAUAUUGUUUGGUAGCAGACAGGAAUAUGACGAUCCUGACUUCCAAGCGUUAAUAAAUGCUUAUCACAACGCAGCCAAAUUAAGUAGUCAAGCCUCCGUCCAGAACUUUCUCCCGUUUCUGUGGUUUUUGCCUCAGUGUCGAAAAUUGUCAAUUGCCUGGGAAGCUUUCGCAGAAGCCGUUAACCGAAUUCUGGAAAAGCACAAAAUGGGUUACAACCCAUUGGCAACACGAGGCCUUAUUGAUACAAUGAUGCACCAAACAAACGAGAACAACCAGAACUCAAAGUCGCUGUUUGACACUGAAGACCUCAAAGCUAAUUGUCAAACAUUGUACGUUACUGGAUCGGAAACGACGUCGACGGCUUUGACAUGGGGGAUGCUUUUCUUGUUGUCUUAUCCAGACGUAUGCAAGAAGCUCCAAUCAGAGUUGGAUGAAGUUGUGGGGAAAUCACGUCGCCCAACACUUGAAGACAGACCAAAGCUUCCCUUCACUUGCGCUACCCUAAUGGAGUUACAGCGCUGUAAUAACAUAACACCGUUCUCGGCUCCCCACAAAGCUACACAGGACAUCAGAGUUCAUGGCUACUUGAUACCCAAGGGAACUCAACUUAUGGCAAACUACUGGUCAAUAUUCAUGAACGAAAGGAUUUGGUCCAAUCCUCACGAUUUUCAACCAAUGAGGUUUAUGGACGACUGUGGCAACGUGAAAAAAGUCGAAGGAUUUAUACCAUUUUCGUUAGGCAAGCGUUCCUGUCCAGGAGAGAGUCUGGCCAAACCGGAGAUGUUCCUGAUCCUCACAGCCUUGGUGCACACUUUCACGUUCCAGGUGCCCGAUGGAGAGGUGCUUCCGGCCCCAGUUGGUACCACCGGCUCUGUGUACGUGCCACCGAAGUUCACCGUGUGUGCCCGGCCGAGAACUUAACAAGUUAUACAAAUCCCAAAUCGAUCCGGAUUUUGCCUUUAAUUUCAGUAUUUUAGUAUGCUUGUCUUCAAUUUUAUGACCCUUAUUGUGUUGUGUAAUUAAAGAAUUCCACAUUAGGCUACUUUGCAUGCUGAAACGAAUUCUGUAAAUGAAAUAUAGAGUUAAUUUAUCACGCGGGAAAACACAUUGUACUCUUUUUUGCUUCUAAAUUGUAUUUGAGAAAAGGACUGGGGAGGUUGCAUGUCCCUCAUUACUUGCAAAUGAUACUACGUACCAGUAUUUAUUGUAAUUACACAUUACACAUAGCUAUAGGUACAGUAUAUAAAACGCAUUUCAAGAUAUAUAGUUAGACCGGUAGCUUGCUUAUAUACCGUACAUGGCGUAUACACAUCGUAUUCAUCUGUAACUUAAUUAACAAGGGGACCAGAUACCUCUUGUGUAUGAGCUAUUUUUACCAUAAUUUGGCGAAAUGUACA